ACACCCAUGUGGACCCUACAUCCAGAAUGAAGGGCUACGAGUGUUUCUUUCUUUUUGCGUUUUCAGCCAGUGUACAGGUUGUGCAAGCUGCCCCCACCUGUUCCCCAAACACGUUCCGAUGCGGAGACGGGAGGUGCAUCGACUCGUCAGAUGUCUGCAACGGACUGGUGGAGUGUGCCGACAUGAGCGACGAAAGAAACUGCAGUUGUAAGAGAGAGGAGUUUAGCUGUGGAGGUGGACGUUGUGUUCCCUCCUCCUGGGUCUGUGACGGAUUAGUCGACUGUUCUGACAAGAGGGACGAGGCCAACUGCAGUAACGUUGCCCGGACAUGUAGUGGAAGUUUCUUCCACUGCGACAUCGUGCGCUGCAUCCCCCACUCCUGGAUAUGUGACGGAGAUGUGGACUGCAUGGACAAGAGCGACGAGAGAAACUGCUAUCAUAUGGGGGUGGGCGUGGAGAGGCCGUGCCCUUUGACCUCAUUCCGCUGUGCUGACGGCCGCUGCAUCCCCUCCUCGGGAUUCUGUAACGGACACAGUGAGUGUGUGGACGGGAGCGACGAGAGCAACUGCACCAGUGUGGGGAGGACCAAUGCUGAGCGAACAUGCCCUUUGACCUCGUUCCGCUGCGCCUCGGGUCAGUGUGUGCCUGUGUCUGGUGUCUGUGACGGACACAGAGACUGUUCCGACGACAGUGACGAGAACGACUGUGAAGCCAUCACUGAGAUGACAACUACAGCAACCACCACUGAGAUGAACACUACAGCAACCACCAUUGAGAUGACCACUACAGCAACCACCAUUGAGAUGACCACUACAGCAACCACCACUGAGAUGACCACUACAGCAACCACCACUGAGAUGACCACUACCGCCAUCCCCUGCUCUCCUGGCUCUGUGCCCUGUGGCAGCACUGGCGAGUGCGUGCUCACCGCAGCAGUCUGUGACGGACAGGUCGACUGCUCAGACCACAGCGACGAGGAAAACUGCACAUAUAUGGAGAGAGGCAUUGAAGAGCCAACAUGCUCCCCGAACACUUUCCACUGUGGCGAUGGAGUGUGUGUUCCGUCUGCCGCAGUCUGUAACGGUCAGCACGACUGCCCCGACAGAAGUGAUGAGGCAAACUGCACUGCCAGACAGAUGACCUGCCACCCGGCCUCUUUCAGCUGUGGCGACGGCACCUGCAUUCCCUCAGCGUGGAUCUGUGACGGCCAGUACGACUGCAGCGACAGCAGUGACGAAAGCAACUGUACGGUCACUGAGAGAACCUGCACUCCAGACUAUUUCCGUUGUGGAGACGGACGCUGUAUCCCCUCUAUCUGGGUCUGCGAUGGACGCGCCGAGUGCUCGGAUAGGAGCGACGAAGAAAACUGCACCACCGUAGAAUCCACCUGCUUGGCAACAGACUUCCGCUGUGAUGAUGGCAGUUGCAUCUCUUCCUCUGGAGUCUGUGAUGGAGUGAGUCAGUGUGUGGACAGCAGUGACGAGAGGAAUUGUUCCACCGUAGCACCUACCUGCUCUGUGACAGAGUUCCGCUGUGGUGACGGUCGCUGCGUUCCUUCCUCUGAAGUCUGUGAUGGCGUGAGUCACUGUGUGGACAGGAGUGACGAGAGAAACUGCUCCACCGUAGAGGCCCCCUGUUCCUCGUCUGAGUUCCGUUGUGGUGACGGCACCUGUGUCCCCUCCUCAGGAGUGUGUAACGGGGUCUAUCAAUGUCUGGACCGCAGCGACGAGGCCAACUGCACUUCCACAGAGAGCACGUGCUCGCCGACUCAGUUCCGCUGCUCUGAUGGCGCCUGCAUCCAGUCCAUCUGGGUGUGUGACGGAGAGACCGACUGCGCAGACGGCAGUGACGAGAACAACUGCAGCGCCAGCCAGAGGACCUGUGCUCCAGACUACUUCCCCUGUGGAAACGGCCUCUGCAUCCCUAACAAAUGGCUCUGUGAUGGCAAAGCAGAGUGCCCCAACCGCAGCGACGAGACAAACUGCUCCCACACGAGCUGCAGGCCGAGUGAGUUCCGUUGCGGGGUUAGUGGCCGCUGCAUCCCAUUGGCCUGGGUGUGUGAUGGAGAGAGCGACUGCAUGGACAAGAGCGACGAGAGGAACUGCACAGCAGUCAGUAACGUGGUGACGACGUGCAGGCCUGGAGAGUUCCGCUGCGGUGACGGCAGCUGCAUCCCCUCAGCCCUGGUGUGUAACGGGAACCGCGAUUGCAACGACGGCAGCGACGAAGACCAGCAGCAGAACUGCUAACUGCUAUGGGGAAGACCAGAGGCUCUCUGGAGGAAACGUCCAGAAACUGUUGCAACACCAGCCUGCAAGUGGACGCGACUCCGCAGUCUAGAUUUCUAGCGAUACUUGACGUACAUAUCUGCCAUCGUAACUGCAAUAACUAUCUCACAAUGCAAUACACUUACUGGUAGUGCUUCCUGGGCCUACGCAACACUGACCGAACUGUCCUUAUUAUUACAGUGCCAUCCAUGUAAACAGGCAUUUUCAUUUGCCCAGUGUAGUCCCCAUCAUUAGUCCAGAUCUCCAGAGCUUCUGAGGAGAGAUGUGCUUCAGUUUUUUUUUUUUUAUGAGUUAGCUUAAUCAUCAAACUUUAGUUUGUUAGUAGAAUUAGCUCUCAGUUGAUGCCGACUGACUUCCCCUCUGCCCUAGUCUUUUGCAUUCCUCACAUCACAGACCAUGUAGGUUCGCCUACAAAAAAAAGAAACAAAGCUGCCUUCUUUGCUCAUAUAAGAUGAUCUGGGUGCUAAUUAAAGCUAACUUCCUAUGGCAAGUUAGGGGUAGCAAAAAUCAAAGUUAGCCGUCUUAACAUACCGAAUAUCACAAUACCCACUCGGAGGCAGAGAACACAAGUGUGUAGAGCAAAAUGUCUGCAUUUCCGCAAGAGUUUAACAGGGGCAAUAAUUAAAAAUCCCCAUGUGAUUUUCCCAUAGAAAAAAAAAAAAAAAAAAAAAUCACACAAGUUACCGGAUCUCCUUCUAUGGGCAAAGAUAGACGUUUUUUGUAGGUGAACUUCAGAGGUCUAUUGAGAUGAAGGUAAAACGCUGUAGCAGAUUAAACCAGAUGCGCUGAUGGCACAGCAAUUUAAGAAGUAACGUGACAUGUUCGUCUCAACACAGGUUUAAAACUCUAAAAAGUGGCUAAGCUGGCGACAGAGCAAUCGCCCCAGUAGGCCUAUCUAAUGUAAUGUGGGAAUUGCAUGAAAACAAAUAAUUUGCGCAAUCACCACACAAGCGUAUGUAUGUAGUCACUGUGAACAGGAUCCAUGUGAGAGGAAGAGGAGGAAAAAGGCUUCUGCCACCAUAUAUUUUUAGUCUACAGUUGUAGUUCAACACUAAAUGUAUG